AUGGCCGAAAGAAUCAAAUCUUUACUGGAGUACGACAUUCCUGAUACCGCAACCGAGCUCCUAUCCAGCAUUGUCAGACCACCCAUUACCGCUCAGAGCUUUGAAUUAAAACCUCAAUUCAUACAGUUCAUCUCUAAUGACUUAUUUGCAGGCACACCUCAUGAAUGCCCUGUUAGUCACAUAGACGGUUUCUUGGAGAAGUGUGACGCCAUAAAGCUCGACAGUGUUACUGAUGAUGCUAUCAGACUUCGUUUGUUCCCUUUUUCACUACGGGAUAGAGCGAAGGAAUGGUUACGAGACGAAGGUAUAGGUUCCUUUGAUACAUGGGAUAAGCUUGCCAAAGCUUUCUUAGUAAGAUUUUUAGGGCAAGAGAAGACUGCAAGGUUAAGGAACGAGCUAGCUACCUUUCGUCAAUUUGAUGAUGAGUCUUUAUAUGAGGCAUGGAGAAGAUUCAAGCGCUUACAGAGACAAUGCCCUCAUCACGGUAUCCUAGAGUGGAUGUUGAUCCAAACAUUCUACAAUGGUCUGACCCAUGAGUUCCGCAUAUACAUUGAUGCUGCAUCCGGGGGUUCUCUCAUGACUAAGAACCCAACUGAAGCCAAAGAGCUAAUUGAGAAAAUGGCAGCCAAUGAUAAUUAUCAUCCAGGAGGUCGACAUAGUGUGAAGAAGGCAGGUAAAUUAGAUGUUGAUGCUCUAACUCUUUUGACUAGCUCUGUGCAGGCAUUAACAAGCAAGUUUGACAGACUCCAAGCCAGAACAUCUACUAGCUCACCGGAGACUUGUCAGAUGUGUAAUGUGCAGGGUCACAUUGCACCUAAUUUCCCCAAAAAUUCCAGUGAGAUGUCAAUUAAGGAGGCCACUGCAUUCUACACCUCUAAUCCUAAAAUGCCGUAUGAUCCUCAUUCAAACACAUACAAUGAAGGAUGGAGAAAUCAUCCGGAUUUCUCUUAUAUGAACACUCAAGCUCAAUUAAAUUCUCCGUCACCACCACCUAGUUUUCAAGCAAGGGAAUCCUUUAAUCACCAACCCAUGAAUCAACAACUACCACCGCAAACUUCAAAAUACAAUCUUGAUUCCAUUAUGGAGACUUUCACUACUUCCUAA